CAAGCACAGCACCCGGCUGGUAGCUAACGCGGCUACUGGAGUUGAGUGUAUAGUGGAUUUUAAAGCUGCUAACGCUGAGGCACUUUUACUACAUGAUUGCACCACAUCUUGGACGCUCGACUAAGCUGCAGAGUUAUGGUUCCUCCUCGGCUUACCGGGGCCCUGCGCUCUUUUUCCUCGGUUAGCAGGCAGGAGGACGUCACAACCGAGCCGUAUGAUUUAAAGGCCAAGCGACUGAACAGGCAGAAAACGUUUGCCAGCGAGGGCCUGACAUGGCAGAAAGUUGUCCAGUUCUUCACACGACACCAGAAAAAGAGGGAGGAACAGAUCCUCUCUCAGGAGCUGAAAGGUGUUCUGCAAGCGGCCAAGCAAAUAGUGGGUACAGAGUACGGACAGGAGGCUAUUGAAAGUGCCGCCGUCUUCUUGUUCAAAACGUUCCACAACAAAGACCAGGUCGGCCAUGAAGAAACCCGAGCCAUCAAGCAGAUGUUCGGCCCUUUCCCGGCGUCAGCGGCUGAAGCCUCCUGCGCUGCUGUGGGCCGUCUGGUGGCCCAGCUCGGAGAAUCCCAGGUAGAGGCGUUCAUCCAGACCCAGACCUCCAGUAAACCUCUGGAUCAUGGGACGUCCUUUGGGCGGAACAUCGCCUUCUCUUUCGACACGUACGUUCUAGACACCCCGGACACUCUUCCCUUGGACGACGAGAACAGCGAUGGGUGCGGCCUGGACUUCACCAGCUUCCUGAGCAACCACGUUGCCGGACAGAGCACUGGGUCAGAGACGGCUGGAGCUAGCUCCGCUGGCGCUGUGAGCCAAAGCAGCAGUGCGGACAGCUCCGUUCUCAGGAGAGAGGUGGACAAAUACCUGUCCGGAGGCAACAUGGGCUCGUCCAGCGCUGAGGAACUCUGUACCUCCCUGUUUGAGAUGCUGGCGUCUACCAGGAGUGAUGACGAACUGCAAAACGAGCUGUUUGAAUUUCUUGGUGUUGAAGGAUUUGAGAUGAUUUCCACCCUUCUUCAGAAAAGGUCUGAUAUUGUGGACUCGCUUCUGUCUGCCCCGCCCGACCUCAGAUUCAGUCGUCCACCGGAUGGGAAGGUUAAAAAUGAGUCUGCGAAACCCACAUACGGCUGUCAGGUGACCAUUCAAUCGGAGCAGGAGAAGCAGAUGGUGAAGCUGUUCCGGCGGGAGGAGAAGAGAGAGAGGAAGAAGGAGAGACGAGGUGAUGAUGGGGAAUCCUCGGAAAUGUCUUUCCAUUUUGAUCCCAAAGAGCUGCGACUGCAGAGGGAGCAGGCUUUGCUGACUUCCCGACAGUCCCCGGUGUUGGGCCGUCACCGAGAAUACGAGCGCAUUCACUACCCUCAUGUCUACGAUGCGUUUGCUGAGGCUACAACGUCCUCCGCGUUUAUUGGAGGGUGCAAGAUGCUGCUGCCCGAGGGCAUCCGGAAGGAGAAUAUCAAGAUGUACGAGGAGGUUGAAAUUCCACCCUCCGAGCCCAUGCCCAUCGGUUUCCAAGAAAAGCCCAUCUACAUCUCUGAGCUGGACGAGGUUGGGCAGCUGGUGUUUAAAGGUAUGAAGCGGCUGAACAGGAUCCAGUCCAUCGUCUUUGAGACGGCGUACAACACCAAUGAGAACAUGCUUAUCUGUGCUCCCACUGGAGCCGGAAAGACCAAUAUCGCAAUGCUCACGGUCCUACACGAGAUCCGCCAGCACCUACAGCCUGGAGGCGUCAUCCGCAAGGACCAGUUCAAGAUUGUAUAUGUAGCUCCAAUGAAAGCUCUGGCUGCUGAGAUGACUAAUUACUUCAGUAAACGUCUGGAACCAUUGGGCAUCUCUGUCAAAGAGCUGACCGGAGACAUGCAGCUGACCAAGGGGGAAAUCCUACGCACUCAGAUGUUGGUGACGACUCCGGAGAAGUGGGACGUAGUGACGAGGAAAAGCGUUGGCGACGUGGCUUUGUCGCAAAUCGUUCGCUUGCUCAUCUUAGACGAGGUCCAUCUGCUACAUGAGGACAGAGGUCCUGUCUUGGAGAGCCUGGUAGCCAGGACUCUGCGACAGGUGGAAUCAACACAGAGUAUGAUUCGCAUUCUGGGCCUGUCUGCCACUUUACCUAAUUAUCUGGACGUGGCUUCAUUCCUGCACGUCAACCCCUACAUCGGCCUGUUCUUCUUCGACAGCCGCUUCCGCCCUGUUCCACUCGGACAAACCUUUAUUGGUGUUAAGACCACAAAUAAGAUCCAGCAGCUUCAUGACAUGGAGGAGGUUUGUUACGAGAAAGUACUGAAGCAGAUUAAAGCUGGGCAUCAGGUGAUGGUGUUUGUGCACGCCCGUAACGCCACGGUACGCACCGCCAUGUCGCUGAUUGAGAUGGCCAAAAACCGUGGUGAAUCAUCUUACUUCCAGUCGGAUCAGGGCUCAGAUUACGGUCACUGCGAGAAGCAGGUUCAGCGCUCCCGGAAUAAGCAGAUGAGGGAGAUGUUUCCUGAUGGAUUUGGGAUCCACCAUGCUGGGAUGCUAAGGCAGGACCGAACACUCAUGGAAAACAUGUUCUCCAGAGGUUACCUGAAGGUUUUGGUGUGCACAGCCACUCUGGCCUGGGGUGUUAACCUGCCCGCUCAUGCGGUCAUCAUUAAGGGAACACAAAUUUAUGAUGCCAAGCGGGGUACUCUGGUGGACCUGGGCAUCCUGGAUGUGAUGCAGAUCUUCGGGCGCGCUGGCCGGCCUCAGUUUGAUAAGUACGGAGAGGGCACCAUCAUCACCACCCAUGACAAGCUGAGUCACUACCUGACUCUCCUUACUCAGCAGAACCCCAUCGAGAGUCAGUUCCAGGCCAGCCUGGCUGAUAACCUGAAUGCAGAGGUGGCUCUUGGAACCGUUACCAACGUUGCAGAAGCUGUUAAAUGGCUGAGCUACACCUACCUGUACGUCCGAAUGAGAGCUAAUCCUCUGGUUUACGGCAUCAGUCACAAGGCCUGUCAGAUGGAUCCAGGGCUGGAGCUUUACAGGCAGGAGUUGGUGGUAGAGGCCGGGAGGAAACUGGAUAAAGCCCGAAUGAUCCGUUUUGAGGAGAGGACCGGCUAUUUUGGCUCCACAGAUCUUGGCAGAACAGCCAGCCACUUCUACAUCAAGUAUAACACAAUUGAGACUUUUAAUGAGCUCUUCAAUGCCCAGAAAACAGAAGCUGACAUUUUGAGUAUAGUCUCUAAAGCGGAGGAAUUUGAGCAGGUUAAGGUCCGUGAUGAGGAGAUGGAGGAACUGGAGCAGUUAUUGACUAACUUCUGCGAGUUGCCAGCAUCUGGAGGAGUGGAGAACGGCUACGGCAAGAUCAACAUCCUGCUACAGACCUACAUCAGCCGCGGUGAGGUGGACGGCUUCUCCCUCAUCUCUGAUCUGUCAUAUGUAGCCCAGAACGCUGCCCGUAUCGUGAGGGCUCUUUUUGAGAUCGCUCUGAGGAAGCGCUGGCCAGCCAUGACCUACCGGCUGCUCAACCUUUGCAAGGUAAUCGAUAAGCGCCUGUGGGGCUGGGCACACCCCCUGCGUCAGUUUGCUACACUGCCGGGCACCGUGCUCGCUAGACUGGAGGACAGAAACCUCAGCGUGGACAAACUCAAAGAAAUGCGCAAGGAUGAGAUCGGUCACAUGUUGCACCACGUAAACAUCGGACUGAAGGUAAAGCAGUGCGCCCACCAGAUUCCUGCCAUACUCAUGGAAGCUGCCAUCCAGCCCAUCACGAGGACCGUCCUGCGCGUGCGCCUCUCCGUGACCCCUGACUUUAAGUGGAACGACCAGGUGCAUGGCUCAGUCGGGGAACCAUGGUGGCUGUGGGUUGAAGACCCCAUCAACGACCACAUUUACCACUCAGAGUAUUUUCUCCUGCAAAAGAAACAGGUGGUGAGUGGGGAGCCUCAGCAGGUGGUGUUCACCAUCCCCAUCUUUGAGCCCAUGCCUUCUCAGUACUACAUCCGUGCCGUUUCUGACCGCUGGCUGGGCUCUGAGGCCGUAUGCAUCAUCAACUUCCAGCAGCUCAUUUUACCUGAGAGACACCCCCCACACACAGAACUGCUGGACCUGCAGCCGCUAUCAGUAACGGCACUGGGAAAUAGGGAAUAUGAGAGUCUGUACAAGUUCACCCAUUACAACCCCAUUCAGACCCAGAUCUUUCACACACUCUACCACACUGAUAGCAACGUGCUGCUCGGGGCGCCGACCGGCUCGGGAAAAACCAUCGCUGCAGAGAUGGCUAUGUUCAGAGUCUUUAACAAGUACCCAACCUCCAAGGUGGUGUACAUUGCUCCUCUGAAAGCGCUGGUCAGAGAGAGGAUUGAAGACUGGAAAAUCAGAAUUGAGGAAAAGCUCGGAAGGAAGGUGGUGGAGCUGACGGGUGAUGUGACUCCAGACAUGCGGGCCAUAGCCCAGGCCGAUCUGAUCGUCACCACUCCGGAGAAGUGGGACGGAGUCAGUCGCAGCUGGCAGAACCGCAGCUACGUUCAGAAAGUCGCCAUCCUCAUCAUCGAUGAAAUACAUCUGCUGGGGGAGGACAGAGGGCCUGUUCUGGAGGUCAUUGUAUCCCGGACCAACUUUAUCUCAUCCCACACUUCCAGGUCUGUGCGAGUGGUUGGACUCUCCACAGCACUCGCCAAUGCACGCGACCUGGCAGACUGGCUGGGCAUCGGACAGAUGGGAUUGUUUAAUUUCCGACCCUCAGUUCGGCCGGUCCCAUUGGAGGUGCACAUCCAAGGUUUUCCUGGGCAGCAUUACUGUCCUCGUAUGGCCAGCAUGAAUAAACCAGUUUUCCAAGCUAUCCGUAGCCAUUCCCCUGCCAAGCCUGUCCUGAUAUUCGUAUCAUCACGGCGGCAGACACGUCUCACCGCACUCGACCUGAUCGCCUUCCUGGCCACAGAAGACGACCCAAAACAGUGGUUGCACCAGGAUGAGAGAGAGAUGACAGACAUCAUCGCUACAGUGAGAGAUUCAAACCUGAAGCUGACGCUGGCCUUUGGGAUCGGUAUGCAUCAUGCUGGGCUGCAUGAGAGAGACAGAAAGACCGCGGAAGAGCUGUUUGUUAACUGCAAGAUUCAGGUCCUGAUCGCCACUAGCACUCUCGCCUGGGGAGUAAAUUUCCCAGCCCAUCUGGUGAUUGUAAAGGGUACAGAGUACUACGAUGGGAAGACUCACCGCUAUGUGGAUUACCCAAUCACAGAUGUUCUGCAGAUGAUGGGGAGGGCAGGGAGACCUCAGUUCGAUGACCAGGGCAAAGCUGUCAUUCUAGUACAUGACAUCAAGAAAGACUUCUACAAAAAGUUUCUCUAUGAGCCGUUCCCCGUCGAGUCCAGUUUGCUUGGUGUGCUGUCUGAUCACUUGAACGCAGAAAUAGCUGCAGGGACCAUUACUUCCAAGCAGGAUGCGAUGGAUUACAUCACCUGGACGUACUUCUUCCGUAGACUGGUCAUGAAUCCCAGCUACUACAAUUUGGACGACACAAAUCAUGACACAAUCAACAAGUUCCUGUCCAAUCUGGUGGAAAAAAGUCUCAGAGAUCUGGAGAGUUCUUACUGUAUGAAAAUACAAGAGGAUGGGAGCACCAUCGAGCCUCUUACAUACGGCCGAAUCGCAUCCUAUUAUUACCUGAAGCACCAGUCUGUUUGCAUGUUCAAGGAGAGGCUUAAAUCAGAACUGUUCGUCCAGGAGCUGCUGUCUAUCCUGUCGGAUGCGGAGGAGUACGCUGAACUACCGGUGCGCCACAACGAGGAUCAGCUGAACAGCGAACUGGCCCAGCGGCUUCCACUGCAAGUCAACCCACAUUCGUACGACAGCGCCCACACCAAAACUAACCUGCUCCUGCAGGCCCACUUCAGCCGAGCCCAGCUGCCCUGCAGCGAUUACGGCACGGACACCAAGACCGUCCUGGACAACGCCAUCCGUAUCUGCCAGGCCAUGUUGGAUGUGGUAGCAAACGAAGGCUGGCUAGUAUCCGCUCUGAGCAUCUGUAAUCUGGUGCAGAUGAUUGUUCAGGCCAGGUGGCUCAAUGACUCCUCCCUGCUCAUCGUGCCACAUAUCGACCAGCAGAACCUCUACCUCUUCAGGAGAUGGAGCCCCAAAGGUGGGAAGGGCGGAGCCAGGGGUUAUCAAGGCCCAAUCGAAAGCAUUCCUGAGCUAAUGGCUGUCUGUGAUGGAAGAGAGGAGAUCUUCAGAGCUAUGGUGAAGGAGGAGCUUCAGCCCCAUCAGAUUGCUCAGGCGUGGGCUUUUCUGAGUCACAUGCCGGUGCUGGAGGUCAGUAUGAGUGUGAAGGGCUGGUGGGAAGGCUGUAAGGAGCAGACUGAGCGCGCUCUACCUACUGCUGUGUCCAACAUCAGGGAGCAGAAAAGUUGGUUGCAAGUACAUGCUGACCAGGAGUAUGUACUACAGGUGUCCCUACAGAGGCUCAACACAGGCCAGCAAAGAAGGAAGCAGGAUAGCAAGGCUCAGGCUCCACAUUUUUCCAAACCCAAAGAUGAGGGCUGGUUCCUGGUGCUGGGUGAGGUGGACAAGAGGGAGCUUCUGGCCAUCAAACGAGUGGGAUAUGUGCGCAACCGCAACGUGACUUCAGUGGCCUUCUAUACACCUGUGCAGACUGGCAAGUGUAUCUACACACUUUACGUGAUGAGCGACAGUUACCUAGGCUUGGAUCAGCAGUACGACAUCCACCUGAAUGUGAUUCCAGCCAGCAUCACUACACAGGUCAACACAGAGGUUGCAGAUCAUCUGGGUGGAAUGAACUUGAAGUGACUUCCGGCCUGAUGGCACUUUCACACAUGCUGCCUUUCUCUGUGCUUGUGUUGGUAAUGAAGUAGCAACCAAACACUGACUUCUGUCUGGUAAACUCUACAGAACAGCAGUGGCAGCGUUACGGUGGGCACUCGGAGACCAAAGUGGCCUUGGGACAGAAUUAUUGGUACAAUUACAUGUGUGUUUUGUUUUUACCACAUCCAUAUUAAAGACAGCACUUAGAUCAUACAAAAAAACAAUACAAAGGUUCAGAUUUAACACAACCGGAUGUUGGUUGUAUUGUUAGAGUGUGUAUGUUUGGGCAUAAAAGCUACACAGGUGAACAUGUGUAGUUCAGUUAGUUUUUUCUAUCCAUUUAGUUCAAUUUCUUUAUAAAUGUUAAGCUGCUGAAUUGAUUUCUUUAAAGUAUUUAAGGUUAAACAAGCAGGGAUGGUAACGGUGUAAUUGUUAGAUAGUUCACUCAGAUUGAUCAAAGCUGAUCAGCUUCUUUGUUUUGCUCAUUAAUACCAUUAAACAUUAUUUGUUUUGCAUUUGAAGAUGUUUCAACAAAAUAAAUGAAUAAAUAAAAACUUAUAGAUGACAAA